AGUUCAACAUUCUUCUUGUACUGAAGCGUUUAGAGAAGACAGACGGGUAACGACUCAGUAGCACAGCACUGCCAGAAUGAAAGCGGCCGCGUUUCUUGUGGUUUUGUCCGUCAUGCUCUUUCUCUGCUUCACCACUCUGGUGAGUGGGGGCCCUAUUUCUAAAAGGGGUGACCUGCCUGCUUGCCAGAACUAUCUCCUGCCUGGCUGCACCCGGGAAUUUAACCCCGUCUGUACCACUAAGGGUGUCACGUAUAGCAAUGAGUGCAUGCUGUGCCUGGCAAUCUUGGAUGGAGAAGAGAAAGAAGAAAUCAGAAUCUGGAAACGUACACAGUGUUGAGUGUCGGGUUGCAGCUGCAACAAAUACAAGAAUAAAACGCAUCUGUGACCACUGGUGUCCCGCCCCCUCCCCCUCUUAAUGGCAUAUUGAAAUUGUGUAUCUUUUGAAUGUAUUUAAUGUGGACAAGUGUAAUUAAAUAAAAUAAGCAGAAGUGUUGAUUUUAAA